AUGUAUAAAAGGACGCGAUAUAAUAACAGAGAUUCGGAUAAGGACUCAUCUCAGAACCGAUAUAGAUAUAAUAACAGAUACCAUAAUAGAUACGACAGGUACGAUGAUGGUCGCCGCUCCUAUCAAACAAACCAAUAUCAUAAUAAUGAGAAAUUAGUGACUAGAAUCUUACCAGAUUUUAAACCAUCAGGAUUAUUAGAGCUGGAUUCUAAUAAUAUUGAAGGGGUUCAUAUAUUACAUGUGGACCCUUCUGAUAGCACUAGUCCUGAAAUAUAUUAUUCAAAAUAUCCAACUUCAUCAGAGAAAAUAUUUAAAAUAUCUAUAUUUAAGAAUACAGCUGACUCAAUGAAAUCUAAAGAUAAUGUUUCUGAAAAGCCUAUUGAAGAAAUAGAAUUAUAUGAUCAAAAACAUUAUCUUAUAGGAAGAGAUAAGAUUGAAGUGGAAAAUGAAGAUACUGUAAAAGGAAAAGACAUAGUUGUUGCUGAUAUCCUUUUAAAAGAUGAAAAAUUAGCUAAACAACAAUGUGUUUUACAAUUUAGAGAGAUUAACGGUGAAUUGAAAUUAUACUUGAUGGAUUUAAAUUGUAGUAAAAUUGAUACAUUAAUUAAUGAUAUGGUAAUACCGAAAUCUAGAUAUGUAGAGCUAAUUAGUGGCGAUGUUAUCGUAUUAAAUAAAUUUGAAAUCGUUUACGUAUGCAAUUGA